UAGUACGACACUUCCGCUAUUACGACUGUGUUACGCGAUUUUCGGUCCCUUUUAGGUUAUCAAAACAAACAUGGCGACUUACAGACAGGUCGGCAGGUUGUUGGGUAUUUCAGCAAGACUUUUGCGUCCGCUGGGUAAUAAUGGACACAUGGGCGCUGGAUUGCAUUGGCCUUCACAUAACACAGGAAUCACAAGCAGUUGGCCACAAAACCCCCACCUGGUUGUUCCUGGACGAACCAUGUUUGUGCAAACACAGGACACACCAAAUCCAAACAGCCUGAAGUUUAUUCCUGGUCGCAUCGUUCUUGAAUCAGGAACUAUGAAUUUUGCUGGCCCUCGUGAUGCAUUCUGCUCUCCUUUAGCCAGACAGCUCUUUAGGAUUGAUGGUGUCAAGAGUGUCUUCUUAGGCCCUGACUUUAUCACAAUAACAAAGUCUGAUGAUAAUAUGGAAUGGAAGGUAAUCAAGCCUGAUGUGUUUGCGGCCAUUAUGGACUUUUUUACAUCAGGGCUUCCUGUGGUGAAUGAGGACAGUAAACCUAGUGCAGAUACAGCACCAUCAGACGAUGAUGACGAAGUAGUUGCUAUGAUCAAAGAGUUGCUGGACACUCGAAUAAGGCCCACAGUGCAGGAGGAUGGAGGUGAUGUAGUUUAUCGGGGGUUUGAGGAUGGCAUUGUUAAACUGAAACUACAGGGCUCCUGCACCAGUUGUCCCAGUUCCAUUGUUACACUGAAGAAUGGUAUUCAAAACAUGCUGCAGUUUUACGUCCCUGAGGUUGAAUCUGUGGAAGAGGUGAAGGACGAAGAAGAGGAGGCUGCUCAAGUUUAAAUUAUAGUGUAACCAGAACCACAUUUACACAUUCCUCCUCCCCUACCCCCCACCUACACUUCUUUUAAUACAAACCAUUGUUGCAAUAUGAGUGGCUGGAUAAUGUGUAUCAUAGUUGUGUUGGGGAAGUCACAAACAAGCCAAAUGCUAUGCAGAUACAAUGAUUGAUUUCUAACGGUUUUAUGUGUACUCCCAACAGUAUUUCAGUAGAUUGGAGCAUAUGAACAGAUGAAGGCUUGUAAGACCGAUGUUUGCAGAAUGCAAUAAUUUGUGAUUAGCAUUUGAUACUGUUACAUAAACCCAAAAUUAUACACAAAACAGCUUUUAGGUGUAAACAUACUGUAUGUAUGUAAAUAAUGUGUAAUUAAAUAUUUUAUUAAAGUGUG